AGGGAAGUUGUUGGAGGGAGAUUCUGUGGAGCUGAGCUGCAGUGCUGGCCCUGCCAAGGUGAUCCUAGAGCCCAGCCAAGCCGUGGUGUUGGACUGUAACCUGGCCCCCGCUGAGCAGUUUAUCAACAUCACUUGGAAGAAGAAUGGCUUUCCAUUAGUGGAGCAGGAGCAUCUCCAUGUGCUUCCAAAUGGCUCACUCUUCAUCUCAUCCCAGGCUGCUGCUAAGGAGAGUAAAUAUCCUGAAAGGACUGGUGCUGAGGGUAAUUACUCCUGCGUGUCCCAGGGCUCCUUAGGGGCUGUCAUUAGUCAAACGGCUGUCGUGCGAUUUCCAACAUUAUCACGGUUUUUCCAGCAGCCCGAGUCGCAGACAGUGGAAGAAAAUGGCAUGGCCCGGUUUGAGUGCCGCAUUGAAGGGCUGCCUGCCCCAAGCAUCACCUGGGAGAAGGAUCAGGUGGCUCUUCUGACAGAAUCCAGGUUUAUAACUCUUCCGAAUGGCGUCCUCCAGAUUCUGGAUGUGCAAGAGAGCGACUCUGGGGCUUACCGCUGUGUAGCGACCAAUGCGGCACGGAAACGCUACAGCAGUGAUGCCAUCUUGAGUGUGCUUAAAGAUUCUCAGCCACCGUUUCCUGCUGAUGUCACCAUCAUCGCUGCCCCCGAGAACACCACCGUGGUAGCUGGCGAGAGCGCGGUGAUGGAGUGUAUGGCUUCCGCCGACCCCACGCCAUUCGUCUCUUGGAUACGCCAGGAUGGAAAGCCCAUCUCCACCGACGUGAUUGUGCUGGGACGGACCAACCUUCUGAUUCCUCACACCCAGCCCCACCACUCGGGCGUGUACGUCUGUCGUGCUAACAAACCCCAGACCAGACAAUUUGUUACGGCGGCUGCUGAGCUCCGGGUCCUUGCUCCACCCAGCAUCUCCCAGGCCCCUGAAACCAUCUCUCGUACCCGCGCCAGCACUGCCAGGUUUGUCUGCAAAGCAGAAGGGGAGCCAGCCCCUGCCCUCCACUGGCUGAAGAAUGGGGAGGCUCUCCAGUCCAAUGGACGUGUGAAAAUCCAGAGCAGCGGCAGCCUCGUGAUCAACCAGAUUGGGCUGGAGGAUGCUGGCUACUAUCAGUGUAUGGCGGAAAACAGGCUGGGCCUGGCCUGUGCCACAGCCAAGCUCUCGGUCAUCGUGCGGGAGGGGUUGCCCAGCGCUCCCAAGAGGGUGUCCGCUGUCUCCCUGACCAGCACGACAGUCUUGGUGUCUUGGGAGCGCCCAGAAUACCACAGCGAGCAAAUUAUUGGCUUCUCCUUGCAUUACCAGAAGGCUGCAGGAACAGAUAAUGUGGAGUAUCAGUUUGCUGUCAACAACGACACCACGGAGCUGCAAGUCAAAGACCUGGAGCCCAGCACCAACUACGUCUUCUAUGUGGUCGCUUACUCCCAGCUGGGAGCGAGUCGGACAUCCACACCCAUCAUUGUUCAGACACUGGAGGAUGUGCCUAGUGCAGCCCCUCAGCUCUCCUUGUCAAGCACAACCCCUGCCGACAUCAGAGUCACCUGGCUGCCCCUUCCUGUUGAGCUGAGCAACGGCAGGAUCACAAAAUACAAAAUUGACUACUGCACCCUCAAGGAAGCAGAUCAGAUCUCCUCCAUUGAAGUUGGUGCAAAUGAGACACAAAUCACCCUUUACUCACUCCAUCCCAAUAAAGUCUACAAAGUGCGCAUAGCAGCCAGCACGAGCAUGGGCUAUGGGACCCCCUCGGAGUGGACGCAACAUCGCACUCCUGACAGGGACAACCAGACGCACGUUCCAUUUGCCCCGACUGAGUUAAAAGUGCGAGCAAGGAUGGAGUCCCUCCUGAUAACGUGGCAACCCCCAGCCAACCAUGCCCAGAUAUCGGGCUACAAACUGUACUACCGAGAAGUGGGAAUGGAGGAAGCCAGUGAUGAAAGCCCCUCAGACGCCGCUGAAGAUGAGAGCUGGGAUGUAGGGCCCAUAAAGCUAAAGAAGAAAGUGAAGCAGUAUGAAUUAACUCGACUAGCUCCUGGGAGACUCUAUGAGGUGAAGUUGGUGGCUUUCACUAAGCAUGAAGAUGGCUACGCAGCAGUGUGGAAGGGCAAAACAGAGAAGGCACCCAUCACAGCAGCGGACCCUCCAGUUCAGAAAGGCCCCCCGCUGCCCCCAGUCCAGGUCUAUGCAGAGUCCAACAGCUCAACCUCAAUUUGGCUAAGGUGGAAGAAGCCAGAUUUUACAACAGUCAAGAUUGUCAACUACACUGUGCGCUUCAGCCCUUGGGGGCUAAAAAAUGCUUCUCUUGUCACAUACUACACAAGCUCUGACGAAGAUAUCCUCAUCAGCGGGCUAAAACCCUACACCAAGUAUGAGUUUGCAGUGCAGUCUAAUGGAGUUGGCAUUGAUGGGCCAUUUGGCAGCGUUGUUGAGCGGUUCACUCUUCCAGACAGACCAUCAACGCCUCCCUCUGACCUCCGGUUGCAUCCGAUAAACCCCUAUGCUGUACAGGUGCACUGGUGCCCGCCCGCUGAGCCCAAUGGCAUCAUUGUGGAGUACCUCAUCCUGUACAACGCCAACAACACGGAGCCUGACGACAUGUGGACUCUGCUCACAAGAGAAGGAAAUAUUUUCAGCACCGAAGUGCAUGGAUUGGAAAGUGACACCCGGUAUUUCUUUAAGAUGGGAGCCAAGACCGUGGUGGGAUCAGGGCCAUAUUCCAACGUGAAGGACGUGCACACCCUGCGGGAGAAGCUGUCUGAUGUCCUGGACAUCCAUUCGGUCACGGGGAUCAUCGUGGGAGUCUGUCUGGGCCUGCUCUGCAUCCUCUUCUGCAUGUGUGCCAGCUUCCGCAGCAGCAAGCAGAGGGAGGCCCUGCCAGGUGUUGAUCCUCAGGCGGCCACAAACCACACCUACUACCAUCGUGGCCGGCAGGGGCUGCCUGCACCCAGCGCCCACUCCGAUGCCCACGAGCUGGAGUCCCUCAUGUCCCCACUUCCGGAGGAGACUCCUGUGCCCCUGACGGAUAUCACGGAGCUGACAGAAGUGCAUGGCCUCAUCCACACCAGCCUGCAGGGCGAUGGCAUCCACGGAAAUAGGAAGUCAUCAUGGACUAAACCAGUUAAUCAGACCUGGACAAAUAGCCUGGCCAGGUACGGAGAUGUGACACCAGAGCCUCCUUUUGCUGCGAAUGGAUCAUUGAAGCCUCCAGCUAAUGCAGGACAGAGGCUUUUGUUACAAGCCCUGGUUUACAGUGCUGUUACGAGUGAAGUGAAGAAAAGCCACCCUCCCAUCAGCCACCAUCAGGUGGAAGCCGAGGUUAUCGUCCACUCGGAUUUCUCAGCCUCUGACAAAGACUACAGCGUGCAGCUCCCGGACGUUGAUGAGGUGGAGCGUGAGGACCACGACCCAGAACACUUCCCCUCCGAGGACCAGACCCUUCACACGCACGCCACCACCCUGCAGGAUGUCAGCAAGGCACUGGGGGACCCUGAGGGCCCGUCUGAGCUUCAGCCCCCGGAUGUGCUGUUAGGUACUGACAGGAGGCAGACUAACAAGGUAGAGCCGGCCUGCGCUCACAGGCUCACCAAUGGCUUCCACAGGCCCCAGGAUGGCUUGGAUCCUGUGGAAGGCAGGGACUCGAACUCUGCACAAGACAGAGAGAGCGCAGAGCCAGUCAAGUGCCAAGGUUUUUCUACAGGCCAGCAGGAAGCGCCUCUGUGUAGUAUCUCUUGCUUCAUCAACUCAUCCUCAGCAUCUGAGAACAUGAUGUGUGUCCAUAAUCAUUAAGAGGAAAUUAAUCUGAUUUUGCUCAUGGGAGAGCUAGAAGUUUGUCCAUAGUCCAUCUGGGCUUUCUUGUGUCAGGUGCCCUCUGCUCGCCAUGAAGGUAGUCAAUAUUUGUUGCAAACUUACUUGUUGGAAAAACUUCCUUAAAGCCAUCCUAAGAUCUGGAUUAGCCUCAUCAACCGUCUUUGGACCCACAAUAAAGCAGUCAUGGAAGACAAUCGUCCUCGACUCCAAGGCAUUGGUGAUGAGAUGAUGAGUCAAUACGGCGAGGUGGCGAGUGCCCACAUCUCACAGCUAGGAGCUAGGGCUGCUCAGUGCUUCACACAAUCUAUGGAAGUGGGGAGUGGGUCUGCCACAAAAUCAUGAUGCCUGCUUAAACCUGUGCAGCCACUUCCAUGUAUUUUGUGACGGGGACUGACAGGACAUCCCUGUUGCCAGAAAGAAGCAGGAACGCACUGAGCAGGUCUUCUCGAAUACGCGGCUCCAUCAGGGAGGGCCCUGGCAUUGCCAACUGCUUUGCAGCUAGAUUUGGUAAAAUUAAAUGCCCAAAGUGGGAGGAGACGACUGCAAACUGACACUCAGUUCGCCAUAGCCCUUGGCCUUUUCUGCUCACCCAUGGUUAAAAUGAUUUUAAGGCUCUCUUUGUACACUACCACAGUAACUAUUACUAGCAGGCUGAUGUAGUGGCCUUUUAUUACACACUCUACGAGUGCCUCUAACAACUUGUACUAUAUAGAACCUUCUCCGGCAUCUGGGUCAUUUCACCACCCUGGACUUCGUUUUACAUAGGUUCUGGUACCUAAUAUUUUAGGUACACAUCUCUCCUUUUAAUGUACGACAGUGUAUUUUUAUUUCUUUGGAGCAUCUUUAUAUUAUUUAAUUUUAUAGAGUGGAGUAGUGUGUGGUAUAGAGUAGCAUUUUUACUACUUCUCCCUUUUUUUUCUUUCUGUUUUUUUUUUCCUCCUUAACAACACAACUACCUCAUGUCUGUUGGGAAAAAAAAGCAGUCGAUUUACUCUUUUGUUAUAGUCCAUUUUAGUUUUUAACUUAUGCUUAUACUGCCUUUUUCUAAAGAAUGUGUUUGCACUGGUUGUUGAAUAUUUUGUAAUGAGUAGUGCCCCAGGGCACGACUCUUUGUUUCUUUUAAUGUGUUGCUACACGUCACCUUCCCAUCGGUUGCGUUUGUCCGUAGAGUGGCAAGCUUCAUGCAGAUGGUGACAAAAAGACCGUUUAAGGUGGGGGGACGUUUAACAGUGUUUUGUUUUUAAGGGGCUUGUACUAGUAAAGAGGAUGAAGGUCCAGUGUUCUCAGAGGCAGCUAGUGAUUUGGGAAGCGUCAGUGUUGCUGAUCAGCUGGAGACACCUGAAAAGGAGGCUGUUUCCAGAGUGUGGGUACUUCGCCAGCUUGUGAAAAAUCAGGCUGUGUCAUGGGUGUCUGGAGCUGGACUCCCACAGCCACUGCUUGGUUUUGAGGAUUUGAGCCCAUAUGGAGUUUUAAAGGGAUGCUGCUAAAUUUAAAAGAAGAUAAUACUCCUCUCUUCCAGCUGGCACCUGGCUUUGUCACCGACAGAUGUAAUGUUAUCUCACCUAUUUCUCAUUAUUCGUGCUGUGUGUUUACUUAGGGCACCCCUCUUGGUUUGACCGGUUGAGAAGGAAUCGGUCUGCCUCUAGCCGUUCUCAGAGUGCUCCUGUGUUGGAGCUACAAAAACCCUAAGUGGGACCAAAUGUCGACAAGCGCUGAGGAUCUGAAGUUCCUGUUGAAGUUCUUGGGUGUUGAGGGCACUUGGCAGAUGCUCUGCAUUUCUCUGUCAGAAUAAGAUCAAAAGUGAAAAAAAAACCCCAUCCUUCCUCUCCCCCUGCCCCCUCCAAAGCCCCUGUUGUAUCAGAAUUACCCCAAAUCCUUAUGGAGACCCUUGGGCUGCUCUGAGGCUUGGUCUUGACUUAUCUGUCAUUUAAAUCCAGUGAUGCAGCGAGCAGCACAAGAAUUUUUAAGUGGCCCCGUGACUUCCUACUUGUAGUACACGGUGCUGUUCCUAGUAGGAGUAUGGCCCCGUACAUGGAUCUGAGUUUGACCAGAUGUGUCCCUUGAAUUCUUCAUUACUUUCUUGCCCGAGGUGCCUCUGGCCGUGGCUGGUGGGAAGCAGCUUCUCUGAAGGUCGCUGUUUACCCAGCGGUGUAAAUGAUUCAGGAUUCGGUCUCUCCUCGACUUCUGGCAGGGUGUCGGAUGAGCGGCCCUCUCUCUUUCCACAGCAGUUGCUGUAUCCUUAGUUCCUGCAAGUUACUUACAGUAGUGUUUCUGGGAGUAUCUGGUGCAUAUAAAGGGGAAGACCCAGAUCCCUGACAGUCCGCUCAGGCCUGCCAUAGCCAAGCAGGGAAGGCUCUGUCUGGUAGUUGGUGGCUGUUUGGAACGUGCAAGGCCUGUCCAAUGCCCCUGUGGGCCAAAGGAUGUGGACAGGAUGCCCUUUGCAGUACUGAGUGUGAGGAUAUCUCUUCCUCCUCCAGCCCGUUGUGUGUACACUCAACUUUUCCAGGUCCCUCAAUGCGCAGCUGUUCUUCCCACAUGGUUUGGAGCUUUGUGUAGCCUCUUCCAAGUGGCAUGAAGGGUGACACACAUUGCAGCCAACCUCGCUCACCCUGAAAUGAAGCAGCAUGAGCUUCCCUGGCUUCCUGCGCAAGCCAUUCUUUGCAAGACCACGAGGCCCAGCGUUACGACCUUGGAAUGGUGAGGCCAGAGUUGGGCUGCUCUUGGACUGCAAAAUGACCUUUUGAGAACAAAUAGCACUUCUAAUUGGGGGACAGGACCCUUUUUAGAACUGGGGCUGCAGUAGCCAUGAUGGCCUAGGGAAUAUGCGAAGGAGCAAGAUGUAUUUGGUGUACAGUCCAGACCAUCUGCAUAGCUGGGAGAGAUGCUGAACCCUUAUGUCUGGGAAGGAGGCAGAUACAGCUUUAGCUACACAGCAAGGGAGAACACUGAGUUUUGUUUUAAAUGAAAAUGGUUCUACCUGGUAUUCUAUUUUACCUGGCUCUGCUUUUCUCCCAGACCAGAGGAAUGGUGCUCUGUUCCCAAAUGCUUAUCUAACAUCCUUCCCAGUCAUAGAGUUGGUCCAAUAAAAGAUAUUGCCUAACAAAUCCUGAUGCUUGUCUUUUUACAGGCAUGCAGUUUGUGCCUGAAUCCAAAUGAGAUGCCAGCCAGCUUCCUGAUUUAUGUGGGAGGAAAGAACAUACUCACAUUUUGAGAGGGGCAGAUAUUUGCAGGUACAACUGAAGUCUCUUGUCCAUGUGACUAACGUACAGCUAGUGAUAAUGCCUGCCAGACAGAUGGUGACAGCCUCAGCGGUACCCACACUUACGGAACCACCCAAGAAACAGAUUCAUCUGCUAGAGUGGCCACUGCAAUGGACACAUGCUCUGGGUGCUGCAGCAGCGAUACAAAAGGAAAGUAGAAGUUCAUUUUAAUUAAGAAAGGGGCUAAGAAAGAUUUCAGGAAUGCAGGAGGGCAUCAUACACACUCCUCUUGGACAGGCUGUGCUCAAAGGAGCUAGCGGAAAUAAGGUUUGGAGAAAGGCACUGGACAUGAUUCAGGGCCUGGAGAAUCUCUCGGCUGUGGAGAGAUGAGACUAAAAUGUAGGAAACAGGCACAUGGUGGUGGGUAGAAGCUUGUCCCUUUCCUUUGAUAACCCAGUGAGUUGUCCUCCUUACUUGUAUUCCCAAUACAAAAACUAGUGAAGUAUAAAAGUAUAACCGGGUAAUGCAGACAGCAAGUGUUACUUAUCUCAGUUACACUGGAGCAUGUCCAGUGCCACAACUGUCUUGUAAGGAGGAGAUGAAUGUGGAGGGGUGUGGUAGAUACAUUAACAAUGUCCAGAGAGCAAGGAAAUGGGAAGACAACACAUUUUAAAUGGAAGAAGAUGCGUUAGUCAGCCAGUGGAACUUGGUGCUGUAUGGUGCUGAGGCCAAGAGCUUAUUUAUGGGAUUAAAAAUAAAAAUAAUUGAAUGUUUCUGUGAGCCACAAGGAAAACUCACAAUUACAUUAGAUUGGUUGAAAUUGUUUGCGAGAGACAGAAACCCUCUUGUUCUGGAACAUAGACCAGCCAUUCCCUCGUGGGUUGAAGAAGAACUAUCCUUGGGUGUGUGUUAUUCCAGUUGGUCUCAGUGGUGUUUUUUUGGGCCUCUGAUGCUGGCUGCAGGUAGGGUUGUGAUGCCAAACUAAAUGGGCCUUUAAUUGGUAUGAGGUAGUUUGCUGUCUCCUGUGUUGGAUGGAAAGGUAGGAGGUGCAGGGAAACUUCUUGAAAUCCAGCCCUUUCUGUCUUUCACAUUACCUUCUUACUGGCUAUUAGGCAUUUCAGGUUUCUCCAGUGUCUUUGCAAGGAAGAGACCAGAUUGGCCAUGGCUGUGAUGAUCCGUCUCUCUGCCUAGCCCAAAUAUGCAGAAUCCAUGAAAGGAUCAUUUCACACGUUCUGCAAAUACCCGGUUGCAACUGCCGUGACCCAGAAAUGCCCCCAGGGCUGAGCAUCAGGAACAGGCACUGGGUUAAAUCUACCUACAAUUGGAAAUGCAAUCCAAGGAGAACAACCUUGGUGGCUUGUCAAUGGGUCCAUGACAUUUGGGUGCAUCUUACCUGAUGAGUGUCAUGCUUUGAUGGAUGCUGCUGGUCAAAGCGUGGGCUCAUACAGAUACUGUGAAGAAUGGCUGCUAGGGUUCAGUUCUCAUUUGGGCAGGGGGUGUAUUUGUGUGAGUGGAUGGUAGGACUAGUUUCCAGGACUCUUGGUUCUGCUCCUCAUCAAAGCCACUUCCUUGCUGGGCUCCAGAUGCAGAGUCUCCCUCUGUACAGACCUCACGGGGCACUGUGAGGUUUAGCUCAAUGUUUUGAGAUACCUGGAGAAGAUGUGCUGAGAACUCAAAUGAUCCUCUUUAAUCUAGUUACUAUUGCUUAGGUAGACAGCAUAUGUGGCUUAUGUGUGUUGGCCCCUUGCCUCCAGCCUUCCUUUGGAUCCUGGAUCCUGUUCCACCAAACAGAAUUAUUGCAGCGUUGGACAGCACGAAAGUGUUGGAGUGACGGCAGGUGUGGCCUGGCGAGAAGCUUACAAGCAAAUGAGCCAAAGCUGCAGUGGGCGUCAGUCGGCGUGCAAGCCAAGAGGGUUGUGCUGUAUUACAUCAGUUGAGGAUCUGAUGCCAGUGCUGUGCUGAAGUCAUUUUUACGUGAUUUGCAUUAGUGCACACAGUGGGUUACAUUCAGGGUUGGGUUAGGUAGGUGUCCUUAUUUAUUUGCUGUUUUCCCUGGCUUUUCACUUAGUGGGGUUUUUACAGUCUCAAUGACCAGAAAGAGAGCGAGGUGGGUAAAUUCUGUGUAUUCUGUGUACAAAGCUGAAACAACCAGUGCAUAUAUUUUUUUUAUCAUGAGAUGAGUAGCUUUCUUGCAGCUUUCUCAGAGAUGCUCAGUAGUGUUGGUACCUUUAAUCACACAUCAUAAUUCAUGUGUGCUACCAAACAUGAAACUUCCCCCUCUGUCCCCUCCCUUUCCUCAGUAACACUAAAGAUUAUUGCUGUCCAGUUUCUUACCUGUGUACUUUGUUUUUACAUUGUUAAAAUGUCAAAUUUGUCUCCCAAACAUAAGUUUGUUGUCUGGGUGUCUUCAUUUGGCUACACAACUGUAUGUUUUUCAUGCUGCCAUGAAAGUCGCAACUUUUAAAUCUUUUAAUUUCCUAUUAUGCGAAAGGUAUGACUCAGUUAACAUUUUCUUGUUGGCUUUUCUUUUUGUUCAUCUGGUUUCUUACUUAACAGACAGUAAAGUUCUGAGAUACUCUGUAACCUUUUAGGUUUGUGAAUUUUUUAAGUAAAUAGCUAAUAAUUCUGGUGUCAGCCCAGAAGGAGUGCUAUACAAGAAAGCAACCAUUCUAAUGUAACACUAUAUAUAUUUUUGAUCUAAUUAGAAAUAGGUCCUUUUCCAAAGGGCUGUUGCGUCUUUUAUAAUCAGUAUACUUGUUAGAAAAGAGAUGUCUAGUCCAGCAAAAAUCUAUCAUCUAGUUCUGUUAUCAUAAUUCCCUUGCUAAUAUUUUCCAAUUAAAUUUCAGAUAGGUUUUUUCCAUGCUGUAUAAGCAAGUAUAACCAGAACUUGAUCUUGUUAAAAGAUUUUGUCUGUAUUUGGUUCCAUGCUGUAUUUAAUUAUAACUUUUCUUUCUUCAGAGAUUAUUCUUCAUGAACACUCUUUAGUGUUAAAGUGUAAGAAGAUAUUGUCCUUAUAUUCCUUAACUAAUGGAUUAUUAAUAAAAUAUUUUGAAAAAGGA